AUGAAGCUUGAUUUAGAUAUUGGUAAAUGUAUUUAUAGUGAUGAUGCUAUUUUACCUGCUUUGAAAGUUGCUGAAAAUCUUCCUAGUGUAGAUUUACACUCAUCCGAUAAACGUUUAUUUCAAAUAAUGAAUCAUAUUCAAUCAAUUCCAUUUCCUGAAUCGAAACAUUCAGUCGUUAUUACACAAUCGAUUGAACCAGAACCAACACUUGUACCACCAUCAUUGAGUAGUCCUGAACAAACAUUAGAAAUAGUCGAAGGAAUGACAUCAAUUGAUAUACAUAUUGAUGAAAGUAUGAAUGAAAAUAAUGAAGAUGCACCAUUUCUUCGUUUAACACUUGUAUCCAUUGUUGUUCAAACAAAAAUAAAAACAUUUGAUAUGAAAUUUGAUGCAUCAUUAGCUAAUUUAAUUGUCUAUCAUGAACAAUUUAUCGCUAGUGUCAAUUUUCUUCAUACAUCACCAGAAAAUCCAUUAUUUUUAACAUCGAAUUAUAAUGGAAUUGAAAAUAAAGCUCAUGUUCAUUUUAGUGUCAAAACUAAUGUAUCACAAGCACCAGAAAAGACAUUGGUCAAUUUAUUUCUAUCCGAUUUACGUGUUUUAGAUCCAUAUAGAGAAGCACGAUAUCGAAAUGGGGAAACAGCUGAUUCUGGAGUAUGGAAUCACAUAAAAUCACUUGGAAUCAGUGGAAUCACUUGGAAUCAGCGGAAUCACUCGGAAUCAUUUGGAAUCACUUGA